AUGGCAGAUCAAACAGCGCAAUCGCCAAACCCGGCAGAAACACCAUCAUCACCCGCUUCAGUCUCACCGCCGCAACAGACAGAUCUUAUUGCCGCCAACGACGAGCACGACAAUGAAGUUGAAGACGAUGCCGACUCCACUCUUGGGACAGAUGCAGAAAGCUCGACUGCUUCAGUCUCGGCCAGUAUCCUCGAAUAUCGUCGCAGUCAAGGUCGCACUUAUCACAGCGAUAAAUUUACCACCAACUACUUCUUGCCCAAUGACGAUCAACAGCUUGAGUCUGUGGACUUGACUGAAUUCGCUGACCGUCAUCCGAAUGUCGAGAUUGUUGGCACCGACCUCUCCCCAUGUCAGCCAGAAUGGGUUCCGCCAAACGUUCGCUUCGAAAUAGAUGAUGCAGCCCUUGAGUGGACAUGGGGACCUGAUGAGUUCGACUUUAUUCAUAUCCGUUACAUCUUCGGCGCUAUUAAAGACUGGUCUGCCAUGUUCUCUGAGGCCUACCGCUGCUGUGUCCCUGGAGGCUGGGUUCAAUCCGCUGAAGCUGAUGUCGAGUUUCGUUGCGAUGACGGCACCAUCGACAAAGAGCCAAAUCUCAAGAUAUAUAAGAAGCUGUUCGAAGAAGGAGGAAAGAUCCUCGGAAAUCCCUUCUUUGUUUAUGACCAACAGGUUCAAGGGUUUAAAGACGCCGGCUUUGAGGACAUCACGACUGUUGACUACAAGGUGAUUGCUGCAAGAAGUUGA